CUCCUCCGGGUCCUUGCGCGGUUGCGUAGCAGCUGCGAGGACGCCGACUGAGCCGGAAGCGGAGCGCGGCGCGGGGUAAGUCCCCGGCUGGCCCGCGGGGUCCGAGGCGGGACCGGACAGUGACAAGACCCCCUACACACACACCUACCCCAGGCUGAACAGCCAGGAGCCGGGAGCCAAUGGCCAGCGACAGAGCCAAACCCUGUGAGCUCGACCAAGAGAAAUAUGAUGCUGAUGACAACGUGAAGAUCAUCUGCCUAGGAGACAGCGCUGUGGGCAAAUCCAAACUUAUGGAGAGGUUUCUCAUGGAUGGAUUUCAGCCGCAACAGCUGUCCACGUAUGCCCUGACCCUGUACAAGCACACGGCCACGGUGGACGGCAAGACUGUCCUUGUGGACUUUUGGGAUACAGCCGGCCAGGAGCGGUUCCAGAGCAUGCAUGCCUCCUACUACCACAAGGCCCACGCCUGCAUCAUGGUGUUCGAUGUGCAGAGGAAAGUCACCUACAAGAACCUGAGCACCUGGUACACAGAGCUUCGGGAGUUCAGGCCAGAGAUCCCGUGCAUCGUGGUGGCCAAUAAAAUUGAUGCAGACAUAAAGAUGACCCAAAAGAGCUUCAAUUUUGCCAGGAAGUUCUCCCUUCCCCUGUACUUUGUCUCAGCUGCUGAUGGUACCAAUGUUGUGAAGCUCUUCAAUGAUGCAAUUCGAUUAGCUGUGUCGUACAAACACAACUCCCGGGACUUCAUGGACGAGGUUUUGCAGGAGCUUGAGAACUUUGAUUUGGAGCAGAAGGAAGAAGAUGUGCCAGACCAAGUGCAGCGUGGCAGUCUUGAGAGCCUCUCCCCUUCCUGAGAGAAGGAAGCCUCUCUUCAUGGACUUGGGGGGUGGGGGUUCUUUCAGAAUACCCUCCCCUCAACAACCCUCCAGCUCUGAAUUGAAAAACUCUUGCAGGCCAUCCCCCUCUCUACCUCCUGCAAGCCCACCCAUCCCCCCCCCCCCCAUGGCCCAUGAUACCUGACCUUUCCACAGUUGCCACCCCCACCCCCGUACUCAGGGACAGGGAUGGGGUCUGCACAAGCAAGCGCCCUCGACAGGUAUGAGAAGUCCAAGCAGAGCGUCAAGCAGAGUUAGAGAUCAGUACCCGAAGCCUCUCUAUGUUGUGUGGGGGCAGUGAAGAGCUUCAGGGAACAUGCUUUGUGUAUCUCUCAAAUAAAAGGAAAUUGAGGUGUGUUUUCUCUCCCAGAA